UGUUAUACGUCGGCAACCUCUGUGCUGCGUAGUGCUCACAAGCGAUCGAGACAGUCUUCGCUUGCGAUUCUGUGACGUGAGAGAGAGAAAGAGAUCAGUUUGGUUUUGUGGGUAGUUCCGCAACUAUGGCCGCUGCGACGUUUAUCGAGAUCUUGCUCGCAAUCUUGUUGCCUCCCUUGGGAGUCUUUUUGAGAUAUGCCAUCGGGAUCGAGUUCUGGAUUUGCCUUAUUUUGACUAUCCUGGGAUACAUCCCUGGAAUUUUGUACGCGCUUUAUGUUCUCUUGGUGUAGUCCCAUGAGCAGAAGAUCAACGACAUGGAGUUUGUCAACGUCGUAGCCUGAGGUGGUCUUGUUUUCUAUCGUGUGAACUGCUACUCACAGGUUCAGUCUGGUUCUGUGUAGCCAUUACUCCUCGGGUUGUUUUUUUUAGUUUACAUUACUGUGUAGAAGAAAACAAGAAGUUUUAAGGCAUAUUCCCGCCCCUAGAACACUCCAUAGCUUGGUUAAUCAUCUAGUUAUUUGCAGCGUAACUAUGAUGCGAGAGAUGACUGAGAGGUUUUUGUGUAGAAAUUGGGUGUGAUCCACAUCAUGGUUGUUUCUUCUGCAUCAUGCACUGCUAUAUUCAUCGGCACUGUGACAUACAUCUGUUUGUGAAAUAAAUCUUUGAACUUGAGAUCAAGUGAAAUGGA